GGCACAUUCACAUCACUCGCAAAAGGUAGCCUGGCUUUUAUCCCAAGGGGCGUUGAUCGAGCUCGCUACCUAGCUGGUUUUCACACAGUCACAAGUUCCUUUAUCUUCUAUAUUCCACUGUAGAGGCUGUUAGAUUUCUUGGGAUUCAAGCGCACGCUGAGGCCAACUCACGUUGUUGGUGUCAAGUCUUGCGGCGCCAAGAUCUACUUUGUUUCCCUUUUUUGGGUCAGUUGUUGCUAAAGUCAGUGCGCAUUCAUAGCGCCUGACUAUAAAACACCAAUUUUUGGACAUUACGACUUUUCCUCAGUUCACGCAUAGCAGACUGAGCGACAACAUCGCUAGUCCUCCAUUUCGUCUUAUAGGUUGUGCAAUUUCUGCUUGAUUUCUGCUCAGCGUGCCUUUUUGCCGAUCAAUCAUAUGGCAUGUGGCUGUUCAUUUAUAUACAUAAAGCAAAGACGUUCCCUCCAUUCCCUCCUUUCCUUCAAAAAUGCGCAUCUUUUCCCUUUUCAAGUCGUUGCUGCUCAUCGCUGGGGCUGUCAUUCCAUGGCGGGUAGCGGCGGGCGAAGGUCCCAGCGAUAUCAUAGACCUUACUUCAGCUAACUUUGGUGCUGAGACGCAGAAGGCUGGCCCUUUACUGGUCGAGUUUCUUGCGCCGUGGUGUGGCCAUUGUAAAGCACUCGCUCCUCACUAUGAGGAAGCUGCAACAGCUUUGAAGGAGAAGAACAUCACGUUGGGGAAGGUCGAUUGCGUUGAUCAGGCGGACCUUUGCUCAGAAAGUGAUAUACUAGGUUACCCAACGCUGAAAAUCUACAAAAAGGGGAAACCGACAGAAUAUAGAGGGCCUCGCCAAGCCGGUGACAUCAUCAGUUACAUGACCAAACAAUCUCUCCCGGCCGUCUCGACUGUUGCCUCUGAGAAUCUCGAAGAGUUCAGGGUCGCUGAUAAGGUCGUUGUGCUUGCGUAUGCUACUUCUACCGAAGAAGCCCCCAUUCCUGCCUUCUCUUCCGUUGCUGAGACCUACCGUGACGAUUACCUGUUCGGUUUAACGACCGAUGAGGUGGCCAUCAAAGAGGCUGGCGUGCUAUCGUUCUUUACAAAAACCGACUGGAUCAGAUCCAAUGCUGUUCCUCUCAUUGACGAGAUAUCUGGAGAGAACUACCACCUUUCUGCAACAUCUCGCCUCCCACUUGCUUAUAUCUUCAUUGAGUCAACCGAUCUUAAGCGGGAAGAGCUGAUCAAGGAACUCAGCCCCAUUGCUAAAGAACAAAAGGGUGUCGUUAACUUUGUCUGGAUUGAUGCGAUCAAAUUCGUUGAACACGCAAAAUCUCUUGGUCUCACAGAGGCUAAGUGGCCAAGCUUUGUGAUCCAAGAGAUCAAAAGUCAACUCAAGUACCCAUUGGAUCAAUCCACUGAGGUCAAUUUCAAGACCGUCGAUGAAUUUGUCAAGAAUUUUGUUGCUGGCAAGUUACAGCCCAAGUUGAAGACCGAGCCUGUUCCCGAGGAGCAAACUGAGAAGUACUACAGUUGGGGACAACAAUUUCUUGCACGUUUUUUGUGACGAAAUAGUCGCGGGCUGUGGAAGGUCUAUGAUGGAAUAGUCCGUCUCAGCCUCAAGCAUGAUACAACUAUGAGAACUACUUAUUGAUCUACCUAUGAGGGAAUUGGGUAGAUACAAUGUGAGAUAGAAUGUAAUGUAAAAAUAUGGGAAAUGACAAGCCUCAGCCUCAAGCGUGAC